AUGCCGACUCUGCCUGUCGGGCAAGGCCUGACCGAGCUCUUCACUCGAAGCAGCGUUUUGGGGCCUGAUCUGGGAGACCUCACGGGAAUAUUUCCCGGCCUAGACAGCGCUCCGGAGUUAGUACCGAGCAGCUUUGAUGGCACCGACCCAUGGGACCAGCAUCUCUUCUCUCCGCUCUCCCUUGAAGCACCGCCCGUCAGUCAGCUUGGCACCGAAAAUCACAAACUGAGCGCUAUGCACGGAUCCUCGCCUAGUCCUGACGACAAAGAUCCCGUUGGGGCCUUGAAUGCCGAGCUAACCGCCCUAAACUCCCGAACCGUGCUCUCCAUGCGCUCCUUGAUACUUCCGGGCGGUGCUCCUCUAACUGUCAACUCACCUGUUGUCAAUGACGCUUUCGAGGCCACUACAGAACUUAUACGCAUCAUCAAUACAAUUGCUCACAUCUCAGUACCGAAGUCUCACGAAGACCACGGCCAUGUUGUGACCGAUGGCCGUUCAUCUAUGACUUCCGGGCUGGUGUUUCUUUCCCUCGCAGUUCAUCAGCACCUGUUGGGCUUGUUCAGGGCAAUUUGCAAUUCUGUCGAACGUUGUCUAGACUCUAUAAGCUCUAGCAGCAAAUCCCAACAACGAGGCUUACACGGCGAAGGGCCAUCAUCUGCUCAGUUCGUCAUGGUUCUGCAGCUACUCAUACACCUUAUAGGGCGGAUGGACCGGAGCCUUUUCAGCAACACUAUGAGUCUUACAGGAGAGAAUCAAGGGUCCAGUGCGGAUAGUAUUGUGUCAGGCUACAUGGGAGGAGACUCCUGGGACAGUGAAGGAUCUCAGUGCGUCAUCGUGCUUGCACAAGCCAUUGUCGAGACGCUGCCAGAGGAGCACGUCAAGCUCAAGGACCUGAUUCAGUUAUUAUUGAAGCGGAUGGAAGGAUCUGAUGUUAUCUAA